AUGCCCGACGACAGCCUUGCCACCCAGGCACUCCAUGCCGACAAUGGCCUAGACGGAGAAUCAGAUAUUGCCCCGCCAAUUCAUCUCAGCACAACCUUCCGGUAUCUGUACAAUGCGGACCAAGAGGAAUCUCCACCCGGGCCAGCACUUGGGAGCUUCUGUUACUCCCGAGACCGCACUCCGACGCGCAACCGGCUAGAAACAGUCUUAUCCGCACUCAUCCGCGGCCCAACAUUAACCUACGCCUCCGGCCUGGCCGCGGUGCAUGCAUACCUCGUAUUUCUCAAACCGAAGCGCAUAGCCAUCGGCGACGGGUACUACGGCAGUCGCCAGGUAGCCACUCUGCACCAACAGCUGACGGGCUGUGAAAUUCUGCGACUCGACCAGCUUGAUGCUCUCGAAGAAGGCGACGUAAUCCACCUCGAAACGCCAAUUAACCCAACAGGAGAAGCACUCAGUAUCCGACGGUUUGCAGACGAGGCUCACAAACGCGGAGCAUACCUGGUAAUUGACUCGACGUUCGGCCCGCCAGGUCUCCAGGAUCCGUUUGCGCUGGGCGCAGACAUCAUAAUGCACAGUGGGACCAAGUAUUUCGGUGGUCAUCAUGAUCUUCUGUGCGGGACGUUGUCGAUCCCGCCUGCGAGAGAAGAAACGUGGUUCAAGACUUUACAUGAACAGCGGACUAUUCUCGGUAGUGUGCUCGGUAGUAUGGAGGUGUGGCUUGGACUGCGGAGUCUUCGGACGCUGGAGUUGCGGGUACAGCGGCAGAGUGAGAAUGCUACAGGUUUAGUUCGCUGGCUCGAUGAGUGCUUGAAGAGCGAGGCCGAUAAUGUGGUUAAGAAGACCGUCGCUGCUGUGAGACAUGCGAGUCUCCAGGAGAGGGAUAUGGAUUGGUUGCGGGAACAGAUGCCGAAUGGCUUUGGGCCGGUGUUUGCUAUUGUGAUGAAGACGGAGGAGAUGAGUCGUGAAUUGACGGGCUUGUUGCGUCUGUUCCAACACGCGACUAGCUUGGUGGUGUGGAGAGUCAGAUAG